GCCAGGGAGAGGCGCAGUCAGACAGUCAGGCAGGCCGCCCGGCAAGCAAGGAAGGCAGGCAGGCAAGCAGGCAAGCAGGCAGGCAGGUAGUGCAGCACAGAGCCAAGACCACUAGAUCCGUUCGGCUUACGGACUUAGAGACUUAAGCCGGCAGGCAGUCCGAAAGGCUCAACCGGCUAAGCCUCGCGGACCCACCUACCUACCUACGGACCUACGGACCUACCUACGACGACGCGGACACUACACGUUCCAUCUACUACGAAAAGCGGGGUAUACUAUCGCGACACUAGCUACGGCAUCCUUCCUCUUUCCUUCCUUCUACCUUCGAACCUUUCCUCUUUUCCUUUCUUUCUUUUUUCCUUUCUUUAUUUCUUUCUUUUUUCCUUUGUUCCUUCCUUCUCUUCCUUCUUCCUUCUUUCCUUCCUUCAUUUCUUUGUUUCUUUCUUCCUUUCUCUCCUUUUCUCCCUCCUUCUCCUUAUUUUUCUAUCUAUCUGUCUGUCUGUCUGUCUGUCUGUCUGUCUAUCUGUCAAUUUGUCUUUUCCUUUCUUCCCAUCGUUUCCUUUCUCUUCGAUCACUCCGCAGAAAAAAAAUUUGUCCUUUCCUUCGUAUCUUCCCUUGUUUUUGUUAAAAAGACGGAACUUGAAAUAUUUACAUUGGUAUAUUUUGCCCGCGGUGCAUCUUUCUUUUCCUCUUCCUCUUCCUCUUCUUCCUCCUCCUCUUCUUCUUCUUUCCUUCAUUCCAUUUUUCUUUGUUCGUUCGUUCGUUCCUUUCUUUCUUUCUUUCUUUCUUUCUUUCUUUCCUUUACCCUUUAUUUAUUUAUUUAUUUAUUUAUUUCCAUCGUCGACAACUUCCAUUUCCUGACUUCCUUCAUUUUGCCAAUAUAUUUUGACGAGCGUUAAUAUUUCUCUAUAAAUUUGCGUAACGCGGGUGCUUGUUAUAAACAACGACGUCUCGAAGAAUAGAUGAUCAUGGUGAAUCGUUAAGGAAUAAUAGAGUGAGUUUUAUUGAGUAUAUAAAUGGUGCUGGUGAGAGAAAGAUAAUAACAAGAGGGAAGACUGUUUUGGCAAAUUGGUGAACAACUUGAUGAAGAUUUUACUCGAAGGGAAUACUUCAACGUUAGAAAUUCGACGCUAUCCUAGAUUUCAAAGUUAACGUCGACUGGAUAUAUCACAGGAAUCGGAUGACGGUGAUCGAAGCAAUCUAACUCGAGUAAUCAUCGUCGUUGUCGUGAUCGUCGUUAAUUUCAUACGUUCUGUUCGAUCGCUACGUAACGAAAUAGAGUGAGAGUGAGAAAGAGAAAGAGAAAAAAGAAAGCAAGAGAAAAGAGAGAAAAAAAGAAAAGAAAAAAAAAGAUCAGCAAGACAGAUCGGACAACUAGGGGGGGGGGUUCGAUUAUAAUCAUCAGCCGUCGGCCGUCGGUGAACACGAGACUGCACCCAAUUCCGUCGGUGAAAAUUCACAAGUAGGAAUGAGCUUUUAGUUCGAUAAAGAGUUUCAGUGCCGACGGCAACGAGAAAGGGUGCUGUCUCCCCCCCGAAAAAAAAGAAAAAACAAGAAAGUAUAAGAAAGGGAAAAAAGCGAAGACAAACGAAAGGAAACAUCGUCGUCGUCGUCGUCGUCGUCGUUGUUGUUGUCAUCGUUGUUGUCGUCGUUGUCGUCGAUUGAGCUCUGACUGUCUCGUCUUUAGGGCGAGACAGAAAAACUCUUUUUUUUUCGCGGCCGGCCGGCCAAAGUCACGGCCGAUUAUUUACUCGGUGCCGAAGUUUCGUCAAAGGGCCAACACGACGUUAACCUUCUACAGUAUGGAGCGCGGGGGCGGAGGCGGGGGGAGCCUCGAACUCGCCGGAGGCGGAGGAGGCGGCGGCGGCGGUAACGCUGAACUCUGCCUCCAAGACCUCGUCACCAACAACGCUAGUCUAUCCGUUCAACAUCAUCAGCACGCUGCUGCGGCAGCGUCCAUGGCUGGACUCCACGGUGAUCAUCUUCAAGGUAGCAUGCACCAUCACGACAUACAUGGGAAUUCCCAUCACGAUGCCAGCACCAUGCUACAUAAUUCUAGUCAUCAGUUACAUCAUGAACCGUUGGAGAAAUUGAAACGUGUUUGGGCACAGAGCGAUUUCAGGGACGAAACGAACGGCGGCUUGGCAAGGCUCGAUUCUACCGGCGGUCAUGGUGGUCAUACACCCGGUGGAAGCAAUCCAGGUACACCUGGUGUCACUUCGACGAUGACACCAUCGGGAGGAUUUUCGACGGCACAACCGAGAUCACGAACGAAUACAACGCACAGGCCGAACAUACAGAAAGGUAUCGGAACGGCAGAAGUGAAACACGAGUUGGGUGCCGGUGGUGGUGUUGUUUCACCCGACGGGGUUGUCGGCGUUAACGAUACAGACGACAAGGACGGUAAGAAGAACAAACGUCAGAGGCGACAAAGGACACACUUCACUUCUCAACAACUUCAGGACUUGGAGGCUACGUUUAUGAGAAACCGAUAUCCCGACAUGUCGAUGAGAGAAGAAAUCGCAUUGUGGACGCACUUGACGGAAGCACGAGUCAGGGUGUGGUUCAAGAACAGACGAGCAAAGUGGAGGAAGAAGGAACGGAACGCUUUGAACGCAGCAGCGGCGGCUGCGGAUUUUGGAAAGUCUGGUUUCAGUACGGCCAGUCUGAACGGUUUCAUCGGACAACCGUUUCCAGAUCCGGAUACGCUUUAUAGCUCUUACAGCACUUACAACAAUUGGGCGGCCAAGGUACCGUCGCCUCUCAGUAGCAAAACGUUUCCGUGGGUGAACACGUUGAGCUCGGUGGUGCCAACCGCCUCUCAUCAUCAUCAUCACGCUCAAGUCAGUCCUGUGAAUUGCUUCAACGCGUCGACGUCGGUCGCUGGGAGUCACGUCAGCGGUAUGUCGGUGUCCGUCGGUCAAGCCGCUACCUCUAUGUUACCUGGAAUGAGUUCGGGAUUGGGUGUAGCGGGUUCUCCGGUAGCAGCAUCGAGUGCGGCGUGUCCUUACGCGGCACCAGCGGCGCCGCAUCAUCCGUACGGUCCGCCGGUUUACACGCCGCAUCAUAGAACAGCCGCACCCCCCGAAACCUGCACGGUCAUGACGUCGAGCAGCAUCGCCUCGUUGCGAUUAAAGGCAAAGCAACACAGCAGCGGUUACGGUGGUUCCACUGGUGGAUCUUUCGGUGGUGGUGGUGGUGGUGGUAGUGGUGGUGGUGGUGGCGGUGGUGGUACUACCGGUGCAACUACUGGUAGCAUAAGUCCAGUGAGUUCAAGGGCGUCCUCGGUCGGUGGUGGUCUCAGUGCCUGUCAAUAUGCCCUGACGACCGGUGGUGGUGCGAAUCCCCAUUCCCCAGGUGGUCCCGAAGCUCACGCGACCGCGAGAGCUCAGGUCUGAGGCGAAGCGGGGGCUACGUCUAGCCCCCAUCAUCACGGUGUACCUUCUAACUCCG